CGACGGAAUUAGACGGAAAUUAUAGAAGAAGGCGGCGUGUGAAUUUUUUUAGAAAAGAAAAGUUCUUUAAUCUUCUCAAUGAAUAGUCCGAUAAUUAGAAGUAUUAAAAAUUUAUCAAUUCAUACGAAAAUAUUCAUUGGUUGGUAGGGCUUUCGUCGUUUCCGGAGGAUUGUAUGCUUUUACUGCAUCAAGAAAUUACAUAGUAGGACGAAGACAUGAGAGUAUGAAAACACGAGAACGUAUGCAAAGGGAUUUAAGUGAUUUAGAACCGAUUGAGCGUACACCAAAGAGUUUUUGGUGGUGAAUCAAAAAAACAAUAAGAGAAAGAAUUUAUUAAAAAGAAGAAAAAUGGCAGCACUACCUCAACUAGACGAAGAAAAAUUCAAAUUGGUCCAAGAUUUGGAAAUUGAAAUGAUGUCCGAUAUGUAUAAUCGAAUGACAUCAGCGUGUCACAAGAAAUGUAUUCCACCAAAAUAUCGUGAACCGGAACUUGGAAAAGGUGAAUCAAUAUGUCUUGAUCGAUGCAUUGCUAAAUAUUUUGAAGUACAUGAUAAAAUUGGCAAAAAAUUAACACAAAUCACAAUGCAAGAUGAAACUGCAUUGAAGAAUAAUGUUGCUGAACAAACUAAAUUAGCAAAUUAACUUUAUUUUCGUUGUAUUAUUAUUUCUUUUUUUGCAAAAUUCGUAACAAAAUUUGAAGUCGUGCAUUUAGAGUUUUAGUAAUUUUUCACCAUAAAUGAUAAAUUAGUUUAAUUUCAUUUUAUUGACCUCAGAUUUCUAUAAAUCCCAACGACGUUGUUACAUACUGUAAUUAUGUGUUGUUAAUAAAAAGGAUUUAAAGCGAAA